AUGCAGAAGUGGCAGAGAUUAGAACGCUUGUCCAGGUCCUGCGGUAUGGGCCGCUUCGGAGAUCGACCUGGAAUGGUCCCACAGCUAUCAACUGCCCGAAGAACAUCAUCCCAAGGACGCGUGCAGACUCGUCUCUGUCAGAACAAGCACCAACACUAUCUUGUGGAGAAACUUGUUCCUUCGAAGCAAUAAGAGGUCGUCAAGUAUGUAAGUAAAUGCGCCGGUCCUCACUUUACUGUGCGCUCGCUUUGCGUGCUGACCAGUCACUUCUCCAUCGGCCCUUGAAGAAUGGACAUGUGUCCUUGCGGUCACAUCGGGUGACUGGCUCUAGAGGCCCGGGCCCGUCAAAAAGCAAGAAGACCGAUCAAAACCCUAACAGAAGCCAACAGACCAUCCACAAGAGGGACCUUGGCAACGGUCGAAACCAAGAGCAACUAGACGAGGAUCAGGGACAGGACGAAGAAGAAGUCGAGGAGUUGGAACGCUUUGAUAGGAAUUGA